AUGAAUCUGAAGAGUUUCUCGGCUCUUUGGGUUUGGUGUAUAUCUAUUGGUUCUAACGAAAUUGCAAGCCAAGAGUUUGCAGCCAGGGGCGAACUUGACCUACCGGUUGAAGUGGCGUUUAUGGACCUGGAAAGGAUUGUGAUGAAGCUCGACAGACUGAUAUGGAGACUCUUAAAGAUGAGAGAACAUAAGCCGGAAGGGGAGGAAAACACCAUUGAGGUCUACACCCGGAGAAUGUUUGGGAUUCCUGUAAAGACAGAACUGCAAUGGAAAAAACUUGCAGAAAAGGUUAAGAGAAAAGAGAAAAAAAGAGACAUGAAGCACUGGAAACAAAGUCUGAUCUACAACAAAAUUGAUCAUUAA